UAGCAGUAGAGCAGAACUAGCAGUGGAUGCGGAGAUGUGCAAUGUCACAUGGAAAAGACCUAGGGGAAAAUCCACUUUCAAAGACUGGAGACAUAAUUUGUUCUUUUUUGGCCACCUAUGGCUGUACAUUUAUACUGUAAGGAGUAUAAUCAACAACAAAAUAUUUCGGUUUUGAUUUUACAGGGAAAGUGGUCCUGAAAUAAAUAGAACGGUAAGGGGUGGAAAGAGGGACAAGGUCCAGAGUUGCUGCUGGGUGGUGUCUGUGCGCCCCCUGCUGGGGGAGCUGACACGCUCAUCUCAGGAGAGGGACCCUGGGCGCCUGGCCCAAGUGUUUCCCAGCAUGGUAGGGACUCGCUGUAUGUGUGGGGAGGACAGCAGGUGGUACCAGAGACAGACACUGGUCCAUGGACCCUUGAGGUGUGGGAAUAGAUUUUUUCAGGGCAUGAGAGAGACAGAUAGACAACUGGAUAAAGGCCCAGGUGUUGUUCUUGUGUAGGCCACUGUUCCCACGUCCAGGAACCUGACCUUGUGGGUGAGGACAUGUCGUCCCUCCAGCCAAGUUAAUAACUUCCUCCCCCAGCCAAGGAAUAUAGCUCUACGUCUACAGCAGCUCCUGCUCAAACUAUCAAAAUCACCCUGCAAGGAACAUGGUCACAGGAAGGUGGGAUUUCAGGAUACCCCUCAGGGACUGCUCUUCUCAGAAUUCCAUCAUGAAGUUCCAUGUACUUGUAGGUGUGCUGGUCAUGGUGGGCUUCACAGUGGGAAAGGCUCCUGUUUCUGAAGUCCGGACCGGUCACCUCUGCCUCUUAGAAGACCCUUCUACAGGGUGCAUUUCCGGCUCAGAGAAGUGCACCAUCAGUAGCUCGUCGCCAUGCAUGGUGAUAACCAUCUAUUAUGAUACCAAGAUACGUUUCUUCAUCCGAGGCUGUGGACAGUACAAUUCUUACCGCUGCCAGGAAAAACGCAAUACCUACUUCUCGGAGUACUGGUACCAGGCCCAGUGCUGCCAGUACGAUUACUGCAACUCCUGGUCCAGCCCCCAGCUCCAGAGCUCCCUGCCUGAUCCCCCUGCUGGGACCUUGGCCCUGCCCCUGUCGGAGUUCCAAAUCCAGUGGUUCUACAAGGCUCUGAACUUCUCACUGCCCCUACCCACCUUCCGUGCUGGGAAGGAGCCUGAAGGCCUCGACCCCCUGGCCACCCUGCCCCUGAACCUGAGCUUGUCCAUCGCUGACCUGCGCCACGUAUACUUGUCUCUCAACAGCUCAGGACUUUUGGUUCUUCCCUGGGCUGGGCCCUGAUGCCUUAUCCUUCUUGGAUUUUACUCUUCCAGCAUCUCUCUCCUAACACCCCAGCACCUAAUGCUGCCCUCCUAGAACACCCACAUUCUCUGGUCUGUGAUUUUCCAGGCCUCCCUUCUCUGUGCUUCCAGCAUCUGU